AUGAAUAAUGCUGCCGUCAAGAGAUCAACCAUGGACCCAAAUCCCAACAACCAAGAAUAUGACAGAGAUAGGAAUAUGUAUGGAAUGAACAAAAUUAUGUACCUGCAAAAAUAUGGUGUUAAAAGUUUCCCUUACCGAGGAAGGCGUAGAUACACUCCGUCAAUUUCCCAGUCUUUAGAAGGAGGGAUUGUUAUAUCAAAUGACGUUUUCGGGCUGACAAUCAGACAGUUUGAACGAAUCUAUAAAAUUUGCUUAGAAAGACGAAAGACUCAUGAGCAGUCGAUACUAAACCUUAGAUAUCCUGACAAAUCUUCAAAUGAAUAUCUGGAAUACUUACAGGAUUGUGUAUACUACAAUGAAGAUAUAUUGCCAUGGCCAGGAAAUACACUGAAGGACAAAUACUUUUACGAACAUCUAGUUGAUACAAUUGGAACUGAAAUGCAUAUUCAUACUAGACAACGACUAUUAAUGAUAGAAGAUAUGAUUCAAAAUUCAUUUGCAUCUAAUGUAAGGCAAAUAUCAAGUGGAAGUUUGGCAGAUGGACUGGAUUUACAAGGUAGUGACGUGGAUAUCAUGUACAUCAUCGUAAACUUAGACGUAAUUCAAAAUGUAUGGGGUAUCAAACACCCAAUACAACAUACUACACUAGUAAUGGAGUUAGAUGACGACCAUCCAGGAUUUACAAGACUUAAAUUGAUAGCAAAUAGUGAAGACGAGAUUGGUAUCACAAUAUCUGAAAGCUGUGAAAGUACUACUAAUGGCGAAUAUGUAUCAGUAAAGGCAUUUCUAUAUAACAUAAAACAACAUUUAGUAGGUUUACAUCAGCUAUCUUAUCACGGUCCCUGUUUAUCAGAUGUAGAUCAGAAUUUUGAUAUGGCAUUUUGCAUACGAAGUAAAAGAUUGCCUCAUAGUGCAAUUCUGUGGGUAAGACGUCAUCGAAAACAAUGGCCCCCCAAUGUGGUUAUUGAAAAAAUAGUAGAAUAUGGAUGUCUUUUAGUACCUAUAGGACCAAGGACUACUUCAUAUAAUGACUUAUUAUGGAGAAUUUCUUUCUCUGUGGCAGAAACACAACUAGUACAUUCAUUUAAUUUUACUCAACUUUUAUGUUACGGUCUACUGAAAUUGACAUUGAGGCGUAUCAUUAACACACACGAUGGUGUCAAAGAUUUAUUGUGUUCUUACUUUAUGAAAACAGCUUUGUUCUGGGUCUCCGAGGAAGUCGAUAUUGAAACAUUUAGAUUGCUUAAAUUGUUUUACUGUUUUUUUCUUUGUCUUGACAAAUUAGAAAUUUGGAUAAACAACUGUUACUGUCCGAACUUUUUUGUUCCUAAUCAUAACAUGUUUCUAGGAAAAGUUGACCAAAAUAACAAUAAAAUGCUUCUGGGAAUACUGGAUAGUAUAAAGUGUGGUGGAAUUGAUGGAUUGAUAGAUAAUUUAUUUCCGGCUGAGAGUGGAAAUCGUUUGUUAAGUACAAAGAAGGAAACCUCGUGUAAUACAUGUACGUUAGAUUUCUUUUUUUACAAAACAUGUAGUCUUUCAGGACCAAUAACAAACGAGCAUCUUCCUUAUAAGUUACUAACAAAUGUCGAAUCUCUCAAAAUAGUUGAAACGUCUCAAUUUAUCACUGAUAUAUGUAAUUAUUAUUAUGGCAUAAUCAGUCAACAUACAGUACAAAUGCUACCGCCACCAACUAAAAUAGGUAAAACUAACAAAAUACAAAAACUUUAUCAUAGACAUUUAUAUGACGGUCUAAGAACAGAUGCUGUAUCGGGUUGGUUGUUGUACGCGUCUUUUUAUUAUGUGACAGGACAGUUCAAUAUAACACUCAAACUGAUCGAGUAUGUUCUGUCGAGAUUUAAUCAUGGUAUGGCGUAUUUAGACUGUGAUAUCUACAAUGGAGAAGAAAUGGAUAGUUACAGACAACACGUACAUUUCAAAUUAACAUUUACGGAAAGAAUGAAAUUAGCAACCGUUGGCCAUAUUCAUUAUAUAAGGCAUUCAUCGUUAAUACCAGAAGAACUUAAGCUUGAAGUUGAAGACGAUGAAAUUGAAAUACCACCAGUUGUUCUAUCGUACUGUCUACGAUUUUUAUGUCAUCAUAAUCUUGGUGAUAUUUGCAACAGACAAAAGGCAUUAGAUGAUUUACUUUUAGCAGUUGAAGACAACUGCUUUGUUUCAAUACAUGAAGUAUCUGAGUCAAAAACAAUACUCGGAGUAUGUUAUGAGAUAUCAGGAGAUAAGAUCAAUGCCUAUCAGUGUUAUGAUGAGGCUCUAGAAGAUGAUGCAUAUGUAUGUCUUUCAGCAAAAGCAAGAAAAUCAAAAUUGUUGUUAGCUUUCACAUAA